UCCCGCAGUCCCGGGGCCGCCUCCCGGGGAGGAUGCCGGGGGCGCGGGGAGCGUGCGCGGCCACGUGACAGCCGCUAUAAGAGCGCUCCGGACGGACGCUCGGCUCCCGCCGCGCCUCCUCCCCGGCCGCGCUUACUCCCCGCGCCCGGCUUCUCCGAGCCACCAACCUGCGGCUGCGGCUGCGGCGGCCGCCCGCGCCCCCGGCAGCACCAUGACAGAUCAGGCCUUUGUGACACUGACCACAAACGAUGCCUACGCCAAAGGAGCCCUGGUCCUGGGCUCGUCUCUGAAACAGCACAGGACCACCAGGAGGCUGGCCGUGCUCGUCACCCCACAGGUCUCGGACUCCAUGAGGAAAACUUUAGAGACUAUCUUUGAUGAAGUCAUCAUGGUAGAUGUCUUGGACAGUGGUGAUUCUGCUCAUCUAACCUUAAUGAAGAGGCCUGAGUUGGGCGUCACGUUAACUAAACUCCACUGCUGGUCACUUACACAGUAUUCAAAAUGUGUAUUCAUGGAUGCAGAUACUCUGGUCCUAGCAAAUAUCGAUGAUCUUUUUGAGAGAGAAGAAUUGUCGGCGGCACCAGACCCAGGGUGGCCUGACUGCUUCAAUUCUGGAGUCUUUGUUUAUCAGCCUUCAGUUGAAACAUACAAUCAGCUGUUGCACCUUGCUUCCGAGCAAGGUAGUUUUGAUGGUGGGGACCAGGGUUUACUGAACACGUUUUUUAGCAGCUGGGCAACAGCAGAUAUCAGAAAACACCUGCCAUUUAUUUAUAACCUAAGCAGCGUUUCUAUAUACUCCUACCUCCCAGCAUUUAAAGCAUUUGGUGCAAAUGCCAAAGUUGUGCAUUUCCUAGGACGAAUCAAACCGUGGAAUUAUACUUACGAUCCUCAAACAAAAAGUGUCAGAAGUGAGUCCCAUGAUCCCACUGUGACUCAUCCAGAGUUUCUCAACCUGUGGUGGGACAUCUUCACUACCAGCGUUUUACCUCUGCUUCAGCAGUUUGGCCUUGUCAAAGACACCCGCUCAUACGUACACGUGGAAAAUGUCUCAGGAGCCGUAUCACAGCUGUCCCUUGGGGAGAUCCCAGCUACGGCACAGCCUUUUGUAUCCUCAGAAGAACGGAAGGAGCGGUGGGAACAGGGCCAGGCUGAUUACAUGGGAGCAGAUUCCUUUGACAACAUCAAGAGGAAGCUUGACACUUACCUCCAGUAGAAACACUGCCCUUUUCCGUGGACACAUCCACUUCACAGGCACUUGUUACUGAUACUUAGUAUCUAGAGCUGGGUUAAGAAAGGUCUGUUACAGUUGCUAGAGGCUUUCAUUAAAAUCCAUCAGAUGUGGGUGGAGGGUUUUGCAGGACAACUGGUGAGAACUGGGCAAAAGUUAAGUAGCAAAUCUGUUAUAUGAACGACAGUUCUGCUUUUUAACCCUCAGCUUGUAUUCCAGAAAUUCUCAAUUAUGCUGAUUGCCAACAUACGUGGUAAGGGAAACUCAAAUCUUAAGCUUUUAAGAUGGCUGUAUCAACUCUUAAAAUGUGCCAAGCCAGGCUCCAAACCAGUCUCCCUUCAGAGUGGGACACAGUACCUGUCUCUUGCUUGCUUGUUGUACCCUUCACUAGACCUGCAUUUUAGAAUCGCCCAGAGGCUGCCAGAGUGAUUGUAAUUCUGCUUUCAGGUAAAGACAACCUAUAAUAACACUGCUGAGUGAUUCAUAAGCAUAUCAACAAAUGGUGUUAACCCAUUUUAUUUCCUAGUCUUAGUGUCUGAAGAUGUUCACCAGUUUUCUAUGUACAGUAAGGCGGCAUGCUAAAAUGCUUUUGUUCAGUUCUGUAUAUCUGAAAACAGCAGUGUGAUGGUUACCUACAGUGGCACCUUGUAUGAAAAAUAAAGAUUUAUUGACAUA